UGAGCCGUUACAAGAGGCUUCAACUAGUUCUCUCUCUCUCUCUCUCUCUCUCUCUCUCUCUGCAGUUCUAGUUCUAGCUUUCAGAGCCCAUCAUCAUUAUCUUCAUCAAUCAUCAUCGACGUAUAUCUCCCUUUUUUUCCUCUCUCUACGAUUCAACGCUCGCUCUCUCUCUCUCUGAAGAUCUACUGCUUGUCACUCUUUCUCAGCCAAACAUUCGAAUGCUCAUGGAAGAUCAAGCCCUAGAAAGUCUCUCGCCCAAUUGCAAUCACAUUGUCUCCGAUAACAGUGAUAAGAGUGAAAUUAGCAUGAAGAUUGAGACGGAGUUUCUUGAUCUGGCCUCAGAUCUAACCUUAAAAACUGAAACUUGCGAAGCAGAACAAAUUGGGGGAAAUAAUUUGACAAUGAAAUUGCUUAAAGGAAGCACUAACAUCUCGAGCUCACUAAAAAACUGUAAUAUUCAUGCUCCAAUGGAUGAGAGUGAUGUUUUGGAUGGAAACCACGAAAUGUGUGCUGAUGAAGUGCAGACUCUUCCGUUUCUUCAGAAAAUUGAAGAACUAAACAACAAAGUCCUGAAUUUGAAGAAGGAUCAUGCAAUUUUAUGCAGUGAAGUUAAAGGCAUCACUGCUGAUUGUUUUCCUUGCUCUGAAGUGUUUAGUGCUCUUCAGAACCUCAGUUCUGAGAAUGAACAUCUGAAAAAGAAGUAUAAUGAAGAGAGUUCCGAACGGAAGCGGCUCUAUAAUGAAGUGAUUGAGCUUAAAGGGAAUAUUAGGGUCUUCUGCAGAUGUAGACCACUAAAUCAUGAUGAAACUACGAACGGGUCUUCCUCUAUUGUUGAUUUCGACUCAUCUCAGGAAAAUGAGUUACAAAUCAUUUGCUCUGAUUCUUCCAAAAAGCAGUUCAAGUUUGAUCAUGUAUUCAGGCCCGAAGACAGCCAAGAGGCUGUUUUUUCACAAACUUCACCUAUAGUGACCUCUGUGUUGGAUGGAUACAACGUCUGCAUAUUUGCUUAUGGACAAACUGGGACCGGAAAAACAUUCACUAUGGAAGGAACACAUGAAAAUAGGGGAGUGAACUACCGAACAUUGGAGGAGUUGUUCAGGAUUUCCAAUGAAAGGAGCAGUGUCAUGAAAUACGAACUUUUCGUCAGCAUGUUGGAGGUUUAUAAUGAGAAGAUAAGAGACCUUCUAAUAGAGAACUCAAACCAACCUGCUAAAAAGUUGGAGAUAAAGCAAACAGCAGAGGGUACACAGGAAGUCCCAGGACUAGUUGAAGCUCGUGUUUUUGGUACAGAUGAAGUAUGGGAGCUGCUUAAGUCUGGGAGUCGAGCCAGAUCUGUUGGAUGUACUAAUGCUAAUGAGCUUAGUAGCCGUUCACACUGCUUGUUGAGGGUGACAGUUAAGGGAAAGGAUUUAAUAAAUGGGCAGACGACAAGGAGCCACCUUUGGCUGGUGGACUUGGCUGGUAGUGAGCGCGUGGGGAAGAUUGAAGUUGAAGGUGAAAGACUAAAAGAAUCUCAGUUUAUUAAUAAAUCCCUCUCAGCCCUUGGUGAUGUUAUCUCUGCACUGGCAUUGAAGACGGCGCACAUUCCAUACAGGAAUUCCAAGCUUACUCAUAUGCUGCAGAGCUCUCUAGGAGGAGAUUGCAAGACCCUCAUGAUUGUCCAGAUUAGCCCAAGUUCUGUUGAUUUGGGAGAAACUCUUUGCUCACUUAAUUUUGCUAGUCGUGUCCGAGGAAUUGAGCAUGGUCCUGCUCGCAAACAGUCAGAUCUCAUGGAACUUUUCAAAUACAAGCAACUGGCAGAAAAAUCCAAACAUGAUGAGAAGGAAACAAAGAAACUGCAGGACAGCUUGCAGUGCUUGCAGUUACGACUCACUGCUAAAGACCAAAUCUGCAAAAGUCUUCACGAGAAGGUUCGAGAUCUUGAGAACCAAUUAGGAGAGGAGAGAAAAACCAGACUGAAACAGGAAACUAGAGCUUUUGCUGCUGUUUCUGCUCAGUCUCCAGCCUUGUUCUCAGCUUUAAACCAAGCACAGAAGAAGACCAUAGUUGCAGAUAAAAAACCACCAUUAUGUCCUUCAAAACUGAGGAUGCCCCUUCGAAGAAUCAGCAAUUUCUUACCUCCACCAACUCCCGUCCCUCCUUACAAGUCUUCCACUUUUAGUCACCAUGCCACUAGAGAUGACAAAGAAAACAUGUCAAAAAUGAUGAUGCCAUCGUCGGCAAAGGGAAAGACAAUAACAGUCUUGAGAGCAAGAAGGGGUUCCAUUGCUGUUAGACCUCCUCCGACAACAGUUCAAAAGGCCCUUCAGCCUCGGAGGAGGGCCUCCAUUGCAACCCUACGCUCGGAGACAAAUGCUAAUGUGAUGACUCCACUCAACACAACUCGGUUAAGGACUGAUCGCGUGGUGGGUAGGCAGUCUUUUGUGUGGGACCCACAAAGGUUAUGGCGCACAUCAAGGGCGCACUCUCCAUUGCCACAACUGAAAGAAGAAGCUAAUAGGAUGGUGGAGGCGACACCAACUGCUGCUGGUUCAAGAAGUAGUAAGUUUAUGGGAAGCCCUCCAACACAAGCAGGGUCAUGGAAGCCAAAGCAUCCAACGGUUGUGGCGUUACAAAGGAAACACCUUGUAUGGAGUCCAUUGAAGUUGAGAGGCAUGAAAAGUAACAGGAGGUCUUUGUUGCCUUCUUUAUGAUUCAUUGAUGCACAAAUCCACCGCAAUCGGUGUUGUUAACCAUCUAGAAAAGCACAUAAUUCCUUUUACUCUAUCACUGUAAUUCUUUCUCUCUCUUUUGGGGAUUUGCUCUAGUGUAUGCUUCUUGCUUACUAAACAGUCUCUUUUUUUCUUUUGCUUCGACUCCCAUUUUAUAAUACAGAUAUUGAUUAGCUAA